AUGAGCUUCCACGUUCUCCUCGUCAAGCCCGGUUUCUACCAUCGGGAUGUGAAGGUAUUUGCCUGCCUUUCCACUGUGGUAAUCAUGGAUUCAAACUCCCAGGACUCUCCGGUCGACAUCGAUGAUAUUCAACCGAUAAUUGACACCCCUUCCUCUGACACAAGCAUUAGUACAUCUCCACAACAAAGCCCUACUACAACACCUUGCCUUACUCCGAAGUUUCCAGAAGACACCGACGGAGAUCAUCUACCUGCAACGCCGCCAACACCAGACCCUUGGAUGUGGAAAUGCCACAAAUGUCUCAAAAAGUACAAAUUUGAAGCGACCACUCGCUGCCUCGACGACGGCCACUACUUUUGCCAAACACCUAAUUCGAAGAGAAAUAGAUUGCGCGACGAUAUGAAGCAGAAAGACUAUCGAAUCUGUAAAUCUAUCUUCGAUUCUACCGGCUGGGAAAAGUUCAAAGCUUGGCAAAAAAAAGUGAGGCUUGCACAUGGUAAAGAGGUGAAGAAGUACGAGCCGGCUCAAAACGAGCAAGGUCAAAAAAAGAAGACAUCCCUCCAGAAGCGCCGCCUGCAAAACGACGCAUACUCACAUUCGAACUCUUGGAUAAGCAUAAACAAAGUAAAUACAAACUUUCACCGGGUCUAG